AUGCGAUUACAAUCCAAUCUCCUCCCCUCCGUUGUCCUCGGUUUCCUUCCCUCCCUGGUCUCCGCGACCGGCUUCGACUGCGCGCACAUCAACGCCGACGGAUUCAAAUAUGACCUCAGCCCCCUGGGCGGCGUGCAUUCCGUCUACCAUGCCGAGACUACAGAGCAGUUUGUCCAGAAUACGACGUAUGUGUUGAAUAUAUGCAAUAUUCUGAAGGGGGCUGCGAAUAGAGGGCGGCUGCAGUGUGGGACGUCGAAGAAUAUCUGCGGAUUCCGAUACACUACCUCCCUCGACCACACAGACGACCAUGAUACAGCGUUCCCCAUCGCCGGACUGGACCACCUCGGCCACGGCACCAAAGACCCCGAAGUGACGCGGUUGAGGAAACUCGAUUCCGCGCAGGACGGGCUCCUUGUCAAACUCUCUGGCGGCGAAUACGUCGACGAAGAGAAGAAGAAGAAAGACGCCAGCGCGGUCAUCGAGUUCAAGUGCGAUCCCGACCGGUCGGGGUUGGAGGGUCUCGAGACGGCGGAGGAUUUAGAGAUGCGAUUGCGCGCGAGGGCCGAAUCGAAUACGGGCAUGGAUAUGCAGCAGAAUAAUGGAACAGGCGGCGAUGGCGAGACGGUCGACCCCGCGAAUACAAGUCUUCAGUUUAAGAGCUUCGGGCCCGGGGAUGAUAACUCAUAUGUGUUGAAACUCGACUGGAGGACCAAGUAUGCGUGUGAUGAUUAUCUCAAGGAUAACCCGGGCGAGGCAUCUUCUAAUCACUGGGGAUUCUUUACCUGGUUGAUUAUCAUCGUCUUCCUUUGCACCGCCGCCUACCUCAUCUUUGGCUCCUGGCUCAACUACAACCGCUACGGGGCAAGGGGCUGGGACCUUCUUCCUCACGGCGAUACCAUCCAAGAUAUCCCGUAUAUCCUGUCCGAUUGGUUCCGGAAGGUGGUCAAUACGGUCCAAGGGACGGGAUCGAGAGGGGGUUACAGUGCGGUGUAG